AUGGGUCAGACGGAAGAUGACGUGAUUGGACUGAAGGACCUAAUAACAUCCUACCACGAUCUCAACCCCUCAACAAUCGACAUCCUUACUACUGAACCCUCACCCCUCCAAUUCAUGCGCCACGUCGCUCGCAACCGCCCCUUCAUCGUCCGCAACGGAGCCAAAGACUUCAAAGCCAGAAGAACAUGGAACGCCUCGUACCUGAAAACCGUCAUGCAAGGCCAGAACGUCAACGUAGCAAUCACCCCCCACGGGAACGCCGACUCAGUCGUCUCCCUCCCGUCAGAUGGCGCUAUAUUCGUCAAACCGUAUGAGACCGAAGAGCCCUUUGAAGACGUCCUCAACAAGAUCCAACGCCAAGAGCAAGAAAACGACUACACCGGUCCAACACGCUACGCGCAAACUCAAAACGACAAUCUACGUAACGAGUACUCCACGCUCUUCGCCGACGUACCCAAGAGCAUACCGUUCGCACGCAUAGCACUUGAGCAAGAACCCGACGCCAUCAAUUUCUGGCUUGGAAACUCGUAUUCCACGACUGCUCUGCACAAGGACAACUACGAGAACAUCUACGUGCAGAUUCUGGGGCGCAAGCAUUUUGUUCUUUUGCCGCCUGUGGAAGCGGGUUGUGUUAAUGAGAAGAGUGUCUUAGCUGCGACUUAUACUCCGAGAGAUGAAGACUUAUCCUCCGAAGCGCUCAGAAAGGACGAUCUGGUAAUGAGGGUCGAUGAGCCGGAGGAAUACGUACCUUUCGCGACAUGGGAUCCGGAUCAACCUGCUGCCAACACCACGCCUUACUCCCAAUACUCGCAGCCACUCCGAGUCACGCUGGAAGAAGGCGACAUGCUAUACUUACCCGCACUAUGGUACCACAAAGUAAGCCAGAGCUGCAACGAAGAAGGGAUCUGUUGCGCAGUAAACUACUGGUACGAUCUCGACUUCAGCGGCGGGUUUUGGAGUACUGCGAAUUUCGUUCGGAGCGCCGGGCUACUGAGCAUGGGAGACAAGACUGCAGUAUAG